AUGAAUCGAAACCCUUCUGAUCACUGGCGCGGUGCCUCUGGUCCUCCUCAGAACGAGUCUUUCCCGGAUUUUCGACCUUUUGGUCCCAAUCCUCAAUCACAGCCUCCCCCGCACGUUCUCCCACCACCGCCAUCGUCAUACCAUCAACAGCAUCAUCCCCAACCUUCGGUAGGCCACAGCCUCUCCAUUGCGGACCUUACCCAAGGCCCGCCGAAUCAUCAACAACAGCAUCAGUAUAACACUCAGCCGCCUCCACAAACACAAGCCCAUCCCUCGGGCCAUCCUCUUCCACAACAUUCGCCAUCUCAAUACCUAAAUCGUGAAAGGGAGUUGAGGGACCUCCGUGAGCGCGAGUUACGUGAACAUGAGAUGAGGGAGAGAGACAUACGAGAGCGCAACGCCUUGGAACUGCACAGACAACAGGAAGAAUUGAUGAUGCGGGAAAGAGACGCUCUGCAGCGCGAGCAGAUGGAUCGUAUGAAUCGCCAACAAGAUCAAUUACAACAACAGCAGCGUCCCUUACAGAGCCAUGCUGCAAUUCCUCUUCACCAACCUGUAGCAUCUAAGGUUCCCAAUUCGAUACACGGCCCAAAUGGUCUUCUAGCAAAUGGUGGUGCUGGAGCCGCCCAACAUAAUGGCCCAGCAUCUACUCCUGCGAAUUCGUUGUUUGGAGGUCCUCCACAGCUCGAGCCUCAGCGUCAACCCCAAUUUCCCCAUCAGCAAGGUCCUCCUCCUCCGCAGCAUCAGGGCGCCCAGCUGAUGCCUGGACCCUCUCCGUCCCAAGCUUCUGCUCAGUUAGCUCAUCAGGGCCAGCAGCCCAUCUUGAAUGACGCGUUGAGCUAUCUCGAUCAGGUCAAGAUGCGCUUCAGUGACCACCCAGAUGUGUAUAAUCGGUUUUUGGACAUUAUGAAGGAUUUCAAGAGCCAGGCCAUCGACACGCCUGGAGUCAUCGAGAGGGUUUCCAAUUUAUUCAAUGGUCAUCCCGCAUUAAUCCAAGGAUUCAAUACCUUCCUUCCGCCAGGUUACAGGAUCGAAUGUGGGACAGACGACAAUCCUGAUGCGAUUAGGGUUACGACUCCUAGUGGCACUAUGACCCAAUCACUUCAAGGUCGAGGGCGUGCUUUAUUUGAGCCAGCCGGUAUCGCGUCCACAGCUCAACAAUCGGUCAACCGACAAGAUCCAUUUGAGAGCCGACAUGGCUGGGGUCAAGCCUUGGGUGCCUCCCCAAGUGUAAGAUCUGCUGAAUUGCCUGGCUAUAAACCGGUGCCUGCAGAUCGUCCUCUGGAGGAAACAGCAAGUGUGAUCAGCCAACAAGACCAGCGUGGUGUCUCACAACUACAGAAUGCAGUAACUGCUGUCACUAAUGGUGCGGCGAGACCCGCUCUUGCGGGCUCUCCAGGUCCAGGUCAGCCAGGAAACUUCACUGCACAAGGUGGUUUAUUCACUGCAAACCCUGCCAACUUCAAUGAAGUGAAACGCGGUGGGCCAGUCGAGUUCAAUCAUGCUAUCAGCUAUGUUAAUAAAAUUAAGAAUCGCUUUGCACAACAACCAGAAAUUUACAAACAGUUUUUGGAAAUCCUACAGACUUAUCAACGUGAAUCAAAACCCAUUGGAGACGUUUACUCUCAGGUCACUCAGCUUUUUCAUUCAGCUCCAGAUCUGUUGGAUGAUUUCAAGCAAUUCUUACCCGAAUCUGCUGCCCACGGCAAAGCCCAAGCAGCCCGAGCAAUGGCGCAAGAAGAGCAAAUUAGCAACGUUCGAGGCGAGCCUGGCUACGCGGCAGCUGCCCCCCCUCCUCAAGCUCAGACUCCAAGACCAACUUCCAAGAUGCCGCCAAUGGGACAGUUCGAUCCUCCUAGCACCAGUAAAGAUAACAAAAAGCGUCGCACUGGGCCUGGGGCAGCCCUGACAGCCCAAAGCUCAGUUCAACCCACUGGCGAGCCAGCACUUGGCCAAGCUUCCAGAGCUCCACCAGUGCAAGUUGGCAACGCAAGCAAGAGAGCGAAACUCACUCAUCAACGACAACCACAGACUGAUGUCGUGGUUACCUCACCAACUCUUGUUCCAUCGGCCCCCGAGCCACUUCCUCCGUUCCCGAGUAUGCCUAGCACUCAAGAGGAAUUGGGAUUCUUUGAUCGGGCAAAGAAACACAUCAACAAUCGUGCGAGCUACACAGAGUUUCUCAAACUUUGCAAUCUUUACUCUCAGGAUUUGAUUGAUAAGUAUACAUUGACCGAUCGAGUCAUGUCUUUCAUCGGAGGCAAUCAAGAUCUCAUGACAUUCUUUAGAAACUUCCUCAACAUCCAGGAGCAGGAAGAGGUUGUGGAAGCUCGUGCUCGACCUGAUCCUGGUCGAGUCAAUCUCGCCCAUUGUCGUGCUCUCGGACCAAGCUAUCGCCACCUUCCGAAACGUGAUCAAACAAAGCCUUGCAAAGGUCGGGAUGGAAUGUGCUACGAAGUUCUCAAUGAUGUCUGGGCAUCUCAUCCUACGUGGGCUUCUGAAGAUUCCGGCUUUGUCGCCCAUCGAAAAAAUCAACAUGAGGAAGCCCUCCACAGAAUUGAGGAAGAACGUCAUGAUUAUGAUUUUCACAUUGAAUCAUGCCAGCGCACGGUGCAGUUGAUGGAUCCCAUCGUACAACAAAUUGGUGUGAUGAGCGAUGCCGAUAGAGCUCAAUUUGUGCUGUCCCCCAAUUUCGGUGGUGCAAGCGAGGCCAUCCCGAAACGCAUCAUCAUGAAGGUUUAUGGUCGAGAAACUGGAGCCAGAGUCAUGCAAGAGCUUUUUGCUCGACCAACUGCCGUCCUCCCAAUAGUGCUGGGUCGAUUAAAGCAGAAAUUGGAAGAGUGGAAGCAAGUUCAACGUGAGUGGGAAAAGGUUUGGCGGGAUCAGAUACAUAAACAGUUCUGGAAGAGCCUCGAUCAUCAAGGCAUCAAUGCGCGCAAUAUGGACAAGAAGAAUUUCCAACAGAAGACGCUCACGAGUGAAAUUCAGGCCAAGUACGAGGAAGCCAAGAAGAAUCGUGAGAAUGGCAUCACGUCCGACAAACAUCAACUUGAAUAUCAAUUCCAUGACCUUGAUGUCAUUGCCGAUGCAACGAGACUGGUCCUAGUUUCGUUGGAAUCGGAACGUACCCAAUUCAAUGCUGGCGAACAAGAAAGAAUCCGUGCCUGGUUCACGGAUUUUGUACCUCGGUUCUUCGGCCUCGACACUGAAAAGUUCCUCGAACAAAUGGAUACUGAGGUCGCCAGGAAUAGAGACCAUGAUGAUGGGGUCGACGGCCAUGAAAGCGAUGCUCCGGCUCCAACCAAGGGUAAAUCCGGUCGCAAGUCUGACUGGCUUCGACGACAAGCACUUGAACGACGCCAUGGUAAGGAGGACAGUGUUGCUUCUGCGAGCAAAGAAUCUACUCCGAUGCCUGGGGCAACCAGUGAGGUCGAAAUGGAGGACGACACUACCAACUCAGAUGUGGUUGAUGGUCCCCAGCAUCCCUGGAUGAACCUUGCUAACAUCGAUCAUUCGGUACGACACUUGGCGAUGGAUGAGGCAUACGAACACACCACUUUCAAUCUUUACGCCAACGCCAACAUCUAUUGUUUCUUCCGCCUAUUUGAGUCCAUGUACAGCAGGCUCCUCGCCAUCAAACAGAAUGAGGCAAAUGUUCAGGAAGCAGUCGCACGACAUCAAGGGGCUAACAACCGCGUCAAAGCUGCGAUUGAACUGCGCAUGAUCGACAAAGGCCCCGACUACUUCUUUUAUGACAUCAACGGUAAGCAAAACUUCUACAGCCAGAUCUUGCACAUGUGUGAGGACGUCCUCACCGGACAAGGUGAGGUGAGCCACCUUGAGGAAACUUUGAGGAGAUACUACAACAAAACUGGAUGGCAACUGUAUACUGUCGACAAGCUUGUCAGUGCCAUUCUACGAUUCAUCAUGAACAUUCUCGGUGGGGAUGCGAAGGAUAAGAGUGUCGACAUCACCAACCUUUUCUUGAAAGACCGAGAGCGUCCAGAUACGACACGGAAGCAGGAGAUCCAAUACAGAAAACAGGUGCAACGACUGUCCAAGGACGGUGAAGUGUAUCGCAUCAGCUAUGUUCCCAAAGAUCAAGUUUGUACCAUCCGCCUUUUCCCUUCGGAGGACGCAACGUUUGAUAGCGACUCCAUGACUGACGAAGCACGCUGGCAAUAUUAUACUGCGUCAUACACGAUGACCGACGCAACUGAGGGCGUUGAUCAAACACGACUUAGGAAAUCUUAUCUUCAACGAAACAUAAUUCCUCAAAAUGCGAACAUCGAGGCAGCAUACAACGAAGUCUACGGCAAUAUGGCCCACUUUGAUGAACAGACUGCUUUCAUUAGUCCGGAUACAUACAAGUUAUUUCUUCACCACGAUUUCGGAUUUGAGAAACUCGAGAUCAACGAGGGAUCGAGUGGAAAACAAUUUGAAGUUGGAAAGAUUGAAGAGAAUGAGAGAUUCCGGGAGAUCUUUGUGCGCAACGUGAACUGGAUGAAAGACCAAAGAGCUGAAGAUGUUGAGCAACGGAAAGCUGCUUGGGAACGAGGCCUCAAGGAGGGCAAUUUUGACUUCAACGAACAGCCUUAG